ACAGGGAUCACUAUGUGAAAAAUUGUGUUGAUCUUAUAUUAUGGAAAAAUAAUUUUGAACCUGUUAAGGGAUAUGCAUUCAAUUGUUGUAAAAAUAUUAAGGUUUAAAGGGUUCUUGAUGACGCCAUUGACCCAGCUUUAGGAAGUUGAAGCUAUUUUGGACACAGGUGGUCCCUAGUUACCUAUGGGGGAGAUGACGACAGUUAUUUCAACUUGUUUCUGAUUGAUUUGACUUUAAACUUAAAAUUGCACUGCAUUAGCUUUACUAAGUUACUGACGUCAACGUCAAAGCUUUUUAAAUAUUAUUUGAUAUAUAGAGUUGUGAAAGAAAAUUGUAAAAAAUAUAGUCCACUUUGCAACAGUCAAAAAAUAGACACAGCGUUAGAUUAUAUAGAUAAAACAAGUGGUUGUUAUAUAAUGAUUGCUAAUGCAUAAAUAGUGUUGAUGAUAAAAAUGUUUAAUUAGAGACAACCUUAUUGUUAUUGCUAAUUGAUGUACCGUUACAUCAGUGCAGACAGAGCUCAGAAAUUUCUGAAGGAUUUAGACAUACUACGAUACAAUGGGUUUUUAUAUGUUUUAGAUAAAAGUACCAUUUGGAAUGGAAAUGUAGCAAAAAGGUUAUUGACAUUAACUUCUGUGGCUAGUAAAGUGCCUAGAUGUGAAUAAACAUGGAUAGUGUUGGACAAGAAGAACUUACAGAAAAAACCAUUAAAGAUCUUUUACAUCCGCAAAACAGAAUUUUUUUACAAGAAAUUUGUAAAGAAUUGGAUGGAGGUAUUGAUCAUGACUGUUUUGUGAAGCUGGCUGCAAAAGCCAAACAACGAGGCUAUUAUCAUAUAAAACAUCCAGAGCACUUAAAAGAUUAUUUCAGUAGUAAUGGUCGUAUUGGUUUUGAGUUUUUAAAAGUUUUGUUGUCACACUGCCCAACGAUCACUGUUAAAAGUUUUACUGAAGUUGCAAGAAGUCUUGGAAGGAAUGAUAUUUGUUUAGAGCUACGAGGAAACAAUGGUUAUUUAAGAAAUAUUGAUAAUAUAGAAUUACGGGAGAUUGGACGCAUGCUUAACAAGACUCCAAAUAACACGAUAAGAUCAUGGCAAGACUUUCUCUACAAAUUUUUUGAUGAUUCAUCAGAUUCAUUAGAAAAGCAAAUUAAUUUAACAGGUAAAAAUGUCCACGAUCUUAGUCCUACACGAAAACUAUUUAAAUCUAUGAAAAAGCAAUGUCCCAACACGGAUCUGAUUUUUGUGAUUAGGGACUUGGAAUUAAUUCGUAGGCAAGAUGUUGCUGAUUAUAUUGCUGCAAAUGUUGCUAAAAUUAAAUGCAUUGUAGAUGUGCAACUGCCUGAAACUAACAAGCUUCAGGAACAGUUUCAGUAUCCUAAUGAAACUAAUGAGAACGAAAUACAGAAUAAUCAACCAGAUUUUAGGCAGUGUAUUCAGGAAUGUCAUUCAAGUAGUCUUAUGACAAAUGUUACUCAUGUUAACUUGUCAACAGUGCAACCUGAGAUAGUUACUAUUGAAAAUAUUUAUACUGGUCAUCAGGAGCAAAAUUAUGGAUACAUGCAACCAAACAAUAUUGUUACUGAACCAAUUUGUCAACAAGUUAUGUCUGAUGAUCAUGUUUCAAUUGAUGACCUUUUUAUUCAAGAUGAAUAUAAUGAAAUUCCAAUAAUUCCUAAUAUUUCAGAGACCUUAGGCAGCAUUGCAUCUGAUUUCAUUGAUAAUGAAAGUUUUGAAUUGGGCAGGGAAUGUGUGGACGUGGAAGAUGAAAUAGCUCCUAUUAAUGAAGGAGGCAAGACAUCUUCGGAAUUGCUUGAAGCGCAAAGCACGCAAGAACCACUACAAAACGCAAAUCUUGGUGUUGAAUUAUCUACAAAUUCUGACUCAGGAUUCCGUACACUUACGGAUAGUGUAAGAGAUGGGAACAUAGAGCAAGACUUGUUACGUGAUAAAUGUGAAUGCAACUCGGAACAUGACAGUGUUAUUGAUGCUGGAACUAAAGAAUGGUAUAACGAUUUUGUAGAAAUGCCAGAACCAGGAACGAGCAAUGUCACUUCCAUUUCUGAAAAUCCUGAACACGCCAAAAAACCUACUAUACUAUUUGACAAGAAUAGUCAAAAAGAUGUUGCACCAACUACUAAUACCUCAGAUAUGAAAAAAAUUGCAGUUGAUUCCUCAUCAUUAAGAGAAAAACGAACAAGAUUAAGAAAUGUUGGUUCUGCUUCCAAUGAAGAAAAAGCAGUCCUUAAAUUGUCAGAAAGUAGAAGCAAAAAAAGUGUUUGUGAUGAUAAAGUUGACAUUUCAGAUGAGGAAAAAUCUUUACCUGUUUUGCCACAAGAGCUUAUUAAUCACGUCCAUCUUUCUUCAACUACCGACACUUGGGAGCAAACAGAUAUAGGAUGUUAUAACAAUGCACAAGGUUCCAGGGACAAACAUCUGGGACAGUGUGUUUUAAUAAGUAAUUCAAGCUUUCAAUGUUCGAUUCUAAAAAGGUUAUUUAGUUCAAGAAAUUCACAUAUAAAAUAUGGAACUUUGCAUGAUCAGAAAGUUGUUGAAACAACAUUUGAGAAUCUUGGUUUUCGCACAUACAUAUACAAAAACCAAUCGAUAAAUGACAUAAAAGUAAACCUGACAAAGCAUUCUGAAGAUGACCAUUCAGGUUUUAGAGCUUUUGUUUGUUGUUUGUUGUCUCAGGGAGAUAAUGAAUACAUAUGUGAUGAGAUGUUAAAUAAGCUGCACAUAAAGGAAGUGAUGGAUAUUUUUAAUGAAUCUACUACUUUAAGUGGAAUACCAAAACUGUUUAUUGUGAGAACUAUAGAGAAAAAAAAUCAUCCAUUAGAGAUUGACCCGAAUGAGGAAGACAAUACAUAUUUACUUCAUUCGAAAAAUAAAGACAUUGAUAGUGGAAAAGGAUCUACGUUCAUCAAACGCAUAUGUGAAAUUCUCGAAAAAUGUGACAAAGGUGGUGUACAUGAUAUGAUCAAGCAACUAAUGAAGGCAGAGGUUUUAUAAUGUUUCCUUAGCUAAACUGACACUACUUGUAAUUAUUAAUUAUUACUAUUUUUUUUUUUUUUUGACCUUUGUAAAUUUUAUUUUUAAUUGCUUUUAUAAUUUCAUUUUUACUAUCUUGUAGCAAAUAUGUUGUAGUUAUUUGCUGGCAUUUGUACAUCUUGCUAAUUUAAGUUUUGUCUUAUUGCAAAGUUUUUUGCAACUCACUUUAAGAAAGCUGAGUUACACUUUAAGGAUAUUGCAUUGAAAAGGUUAAGGGUACAAAUAUAAUAUGACAUCAGUGCGAUUAUAAAUGUUCUCAUUCAGGGAAGAUUUGUAAUGGUACCGCUGUCAAGUCAUAAUCAUAAGGUUGCAGGUUUUUGUCUCCACUCUGGCGCAAUUUAAAAGUAGUUUUGUCAGCCCCAUCUACUGACUGCUAACUGGCUUGUGUGGCAGACAAGCAAGUUAAAGCAAUGUUAUAUGUAUCUCUGACGUUAAUGUAUGUUACAGUUGGAGGGGAGGAAGAGCUAUUAGGAUGACAUUAAAACUUCCUAUUUCUUCUAUUUCUUUUGAUGUUUUUGUUUUGUUUUGUAUUUCACCCCUAUCCAUUACUUUAAUGAUUAUUAUUAUUUGGUAAAUGAGAGUAUAUAAUAGUAAUUUAUAAUAUUAUAUAGAAAAUAAGAACCAACACAAGAUCAUUCAACACCUUUUACAACUGCUUGCUAGUUUUAAAAAUUUUUAAAAAGUAUAUAUCUUUGUCUGAGGAAUGUAGCUGAGAAAAGUCUUUUUAGUUUUUUAUCAUAUAAAAGUAAGGAAAACUCACAAAAUUUUACCACCAAAUGACAUAAACAAAGAAUAUAAACCAAUUUUAACAUAUUAGUUUUGAUGUACUGUAUUAUAUUUUUAGUUUUUUAAUGUUUUUAUUAUAUGCAGUUGACUGUCUUAACCAUUAAAAUUCCAAAAUGAGAACCUUUAAUCAAUAUAAAAAAGGGUAAUAGAACCAGCAAAACCAUAGUCAAAUCCUUAUAGAAAGCUCUCUAAAUAGUCAACAAAAAUUAGUGUCACUCUAAUUAGUUGAUUGUUCUUGGUUGCACAACAUUAACUUUGCUACUGGAAAUUCUCUCUUAUUCUUUCUUAUUCUCUCUUAUUAGUAGAAAAUACUUUAAACAUUCUAUCUUUGAACUGUGCAAAGUUUUGCACUUAGUUACUUCCUUCAUUCACUCUAAUGCUUUUAUUCUGUUGGCCCUGAAGUUUCCUGCGAAUUUCAAAAUGGAAAAUAAAACUCUCCAUGAAAGAGUUGAUUCUAUAGCAAUAAUAUGUAAUUCAUUUUAACAAAUAUUGUUUGAGAUUUUUCUGUUUUUUUAAUUAAAUUCUAUAAAUACAUUUAAAUUUAGUUAUUCUUAUAUAUUUCUAGGAAUACCAUUUACAUUUUAGUAAUAAUAUUAUUUUUUAUAUUAAAAAUUUAUUGGUAUUUUUUAUACUGCUCAUUUCAUUAAAAACAAUCAAUUUACUUACAUUUAUAGUACCUGUUAAUACUUUUGAGAUAAAAACAAAAAAAAUAGUUAUUAGUGUCUAUUUGCACUGUUUAUCUAUUGUAGUCACAUCAAAAUCAGUAAGCAUACCUUGUGACUGAAAAAAUGAAUUUAAACUAAGUUAAAAUCAAUUAAUUUAAGGAUGUAUAUAGCUACAAGACAUCCCUUUUACUUAAUAUUUUAAAUGUCUGAUUGUUUUAAUGUUUAAAUCUUUCUUAAGUAAUUGGUUGCAAGGUCUGUGGAAGAAUCCCUCAGACAACUCCAACUUAAUUAUUUGUUUGACAGGCGAAGUCGCUACUGGCUUAUGGUCCGUCUGUCAGAGAAAUAAUUUUAUCGAAAAUAUAUGGUCAGAAUAACAAAAAAAAAAUACACAUUAACAACAGUGGUCCUAAAGUUAUGUUCUUGGUUCCCCUUGUUUAGUAUAAUUGUAGAUUGACAUUCAACCAACAAAUAAUAACAUCAUUGAUUAUCUUCUAUGCUCAUUUUAUUUUCACGAACUGGGAUGAGAAAGUGGGCUUUUUCAAUUUUUUUUUUCCUUUAACACUUUUGCUAAAUUUUUUUUUGGUAAAUUAGGGUCGGUCAGGCCCGUAGAACAACUAAAUAAGUUAGAGUUGUGUUAGGCAUGAAAAUUUGAAAGGUAAAUGAUUUAUGUUUCACUGGUUGGAGCAAAGUCAUAUUAACUGACAUGUUGGAUAUGAAAGUACAAACAGUAUUAUUAUUAGUUAUUGUAAAAAUUCAAUGUACCCAUUAUGUUGAAAUAAAUUUAUAAAAUCUGUUGCUCUUUCUGUAUUAAUGCAUACAUUUAAAAUUUGUAAAAUUUUGUAAUUAUGCAUUGAUUUUAAACAUUGUAGCAAUACGAUUGACAUCUUCUAUUGGUACCAAAUCAGGCGGAAUAGCUCUGGUUCAGAGAAGCGAAUUCAUUAUGGAAGGUCGUACUUUUCCCUUAGAAAAAGAGAUUGUUUUUGUUAA